GAAAAGCUAAGUCGCCAACUCAGGAGAAUGAAGACAAUCAGAGAACUUUUGGUCUAUCGUCGGUUCUUUCUCAUAGUUUUUACUCCCCUUCUACUGCUUCCACUGCCUCUCAUCAUCGGAACAAAAGAAGCAGAAUGUGCCUACACAUUGUUUGUGGUUGGUGUCUUCUGGCUUACAGAAGCUUUGCCUCUGGCUGUUUCUGCAUUAAUUCCUGCUUUAAUGUUUCCACUGUUUGGAAUAUUGCCUUCAAAAAAGGUGGCAUCUGCUUAUUUUAAAGAUUUUCAUCUGCUCUUGACUGGUAUAAUUUGCCUGGCAACAUCAAUUGAAAAAUGGAAUUUGCACAAGAGAAUUGCCCUGAAAAUGGUGAUGCUGGUGGGUGUUAACCCUGCAUGGCUCACCCUUGGUUUUAUGGUCAGCUGUGCAUUUCUAUCGAUGUGGCUUAGCAACACUUCUACUGCUGCUAUGGUGAUGCCAAUUGUAGAAGCGGUGGCUCAGCAAAUCAUUAAUGCAGAAGCCGAAGUAGAUGCAAUGGAUAUGACAUAUGCAAAUGGAACCAGUAAUCCUGCCUUGGAACUUGACGAAAACAUUAGUGAGUGUGAAACACCUGAUUGGAAAUCCACUAAAGUUGAAGGAUACAGCAAUGGAACUGCUCAAGCUGUAUGUGACAUUGAAAAUGAAAAGAAUUCAGAACUGAGCCAGUCUGAAAGACGAUACCGGAACAAAAAAGACCAUAUGAUAUGUAAAAUCAUGUGCUUGUGUGUUGCCUAUUCGUCUACUAUUGGAGGACUGACUACCAUCACUGGGACAUCAACCAAUUUAAUAUUUGCAGAACAAUUCAAUACACGAUAUCCUGGUUGCCAAUGCAUUAAUUUUGGAUCCUGGUUUCUUCUUUGCAUCCCAAUCACAGUUAUUAUUUUAAUACUCUCCUGGGUUUGGCUUCUGUGGCUUUUUCUGGGUUUCAACUUGAAAGAAAUGUUCCAGUGUGGCAAGGCAAAGACAUCUAGAGAAGAAGCUUCAGCACAAGUAAUAAAAGAAGAAUAUAAGAAACUUGGACCAAUAAGCUACCCUGAAAUUGUCACCUUAGUUCUGUUCAUUCUGAUGGCCCUGUUAUGGUUUACUAGAGAUCCUGGAUUCAUCCCUGGCUGGUCUUCUUUAUUUCCAACAUAUCCAGGCUUUGCUACAGAUUCAACAGUGGCUUUACUAAUUGGGCUCCUCUUCUUCAUUAUUCCUGCAAAAAGAUUGUCUAGAACUUCAAAUGGAGAAAACAUUGUUUUUGACUACAGUCCACUGAUAACUUGGAAAGAAUUUCAAGCAUGCAUGCCCUGGGAAAUUGCCAUCCUUGUUGGCGGUGGGUUUGCGCUGGCUGAUGGCUGUGAGGAGUCAAAACUCUCAGCCUGGAUUGGAAGCAAAUUAACCCCGUUAGGAUCACUACCCAUAUGGUCAAUAAUUCUCAUUUCAUCAUUGAUUGUGACAACAAUAACUGAAGUAGCCAGCAAUCCUGCUACAAUCACUAUAUUUUUGCCUAUCUUAGCCCCUCUGGCUGAAGCCAUCCAUGUUAACCCACUUUAUAUCUUGAUACCAUCAACCCUCUGUACAUCAUUUGCAUUUUUGCUACCAGUAGCAAACCCACCCAAUGCCAUUGUAUUUUCUUAUGGUCACCUGAAAGUUAUUGAUAUGGUAAAAGCUGGACUGGGUAUAAACAUCAUUGGAGUUGCUGUUGUGAUGCUCGCCAUUAUGACAUGGGCACAGCCGAUGUUCAACCUCCAAACAUAUCCAGCUUGGGCACCCUUUCCUUCUGCUACUAAUAUCAGUGUACAUUAA